UCGUCUCCAGUGUGUCUAGCAGCCAUACAUGCAGGUGUGGUGUCUAACUCUGUGGGCGGUCAGAUCAGUGUGGUCAACAGUAAGGGCAUCCCUCACUAUGAUGGCUCGCUGGCUAACAACGUCUCCUCCACUGUGUAAGUACACCUGUCUGUCUGGGAGAAUACAUCUGCUUUCUCUUCCCUUUCCAUCUCUCUCCAUCAUUAUGUCUAUCUCUCUCUCCCGCUCUCUCCAGUGGUCCCUUGUCCAACAGCCUCUUCACUUUCAAGACCAGUGGUGAGUUCAAUAAGCUACAAUACAAAAACAGACCAUGAUACCACCACAGCCACACAUGCUUCUGUAAACUUUUCAACUACACCUGCCACCACAAUCACUUCUACAAUCUCCUAAAACAGCCAUGUGUCCUCCCACUUCAAUACAGACUCACAGUUUCUCUCUCUCUCAGGUUGCUAUGGGACACUAGGUCUAGAGUCGGGCGUUGUUAGGGACUCCCAGCUCUUUGCUUCCUCGGUGUGGGAAUGGAGUGACGUGAUUGGCCAACCCAGCGAGUGGAGCCCGUCUGGGGCCCGCCUAAAUGGGGCGAGGCUUCCCUGGGCGUCGGCUCACAGCAACCAGCAGCAGUGGAUACAGGUGGACCUGAAGAAGGAGCAGAGGAUCACAGGCAUCACCACUACAGGCUCCUCCCUCCUCGAGUACCAGUUCUACGUGUCAGCCUAUCGGGUCCUCUACAGCAAUGACGGACAGCACUGGAACGUCUAUCGGGAGGCAGAUGCUACUCAGGACAAGGUGAUGCCUCUCAUCAAUAACCUUAAAGGUCCUGAACAGUCAUUCUGAAAACUACUUUUUCUCUCAUGGCUAACUACCAGGAAGUUUGAAAAGACAGGCAGAGUGGGCGGGGAGCUUAUAUUCAUGAGCUUACCUUGACUGACAGAUCUUUGCAACGCCUAUGUCAAGCAACUUGGAUGCAGUGAGCAGUGUUGCAGUAAAAUCAUCUCAAGCUAAUUUGGUGAUACACAAAGCAACUGGAACAACAUUGAAAUUGCAUCAAUGAUAUAAUUUUUAUUUUAUACAUGUCCCAUUUGGCAUGUCUCUUGUGAUGCGGUUCACAGCAGCACUGACGGAUGUGUUGACUUGACAAAUGCGUGGGAGUUUUGAAAGACCCUUACCCCCCUUUGGUUCCAUGCUGGCUGAAGCCCUAGCUAGCCAGUAACUAGCUAACACCAGACACAGAUGAAAGGGGAAACAUAUAAGUAUCUUGCCAUAGAUGAAUAGGGUAAGCUUUUAAUUAUAUUUGCUGACACCCUACAGUUACAUUUAGGCACCAGUAGAGUAUCUUUCUAGCUAUAUAAAUCACGCCCCUUUGCAAACGCCUUCUCCGACGUGAUUACAACGCUGUACUUAUUUAAAUUAGGUUAGAGAAUAUCAUGUUAACAUUGGUGGAUUAAAAUUAGAGUUAAGGUGAUGUCCCCUUAAUAAUGAAUCCAAGUGUUUGACAUGGGGGAGGGGACCAGUAACUUUAUGAUUAAACUUUAUCAAUGUAGAAGCAAGUCAUUUUUCAUACUUAGGUCAUCAUACAUUGAUCUGGUUUCCUUCAAAUAUCAAAUUUCAUGAAAAACGAUUGAAAUUGAUUUGACUGUUCAUUACCUUUUUAAGGAGAGAGAAAGCCUCUUUAGACUAGAGGAGGGGAGUGCAAGGUGGAGUCAUUUGUUUCUAUGGCAACAGUGAUUGAUUGUGGUUGUUUAUGGCAGGAAACAUGAGAGCUGACUGUGGUUGUUAAGUGCUGUGGUCAGUCAGACUCAGUCAGAUGGAUGGAGAUUGAUUGAGUCCUUGUGUUAGUCAGGCUCUGUAAUCAGGGCUUUUUACCCUUACUUAUACUAGUGAUGCCAUUGAGAUUGAACAUCUAUUUUACAAGAGAGACCUGUCCCAAGAAGGCAGCAAUCAAACAUUUGUUAUACACCAUACAUACAAUUAACAAUACAGUAGGCCUGUUGGCAGUAGGCACAGGCAAGAUAACAUGAGAAAUAAUUUGGAAACAUAGCUUCAGUGUAUUAUUAUUAUUUUAUUAAGAUCCCCAUUAGCUAUUGCUACAGAAGACUGUCUCUGUUUGUGUUUCCUGAUAGAUUUUUCAAGGGAACACCAAUUAUCACCAGGAGGUGCGCAAUAACUUCAUCCCACCAAUCGAGGCGCGGUAUGUGAGGAUAAGCCCCACCCAGUGGCACCAGCGAAUUGCCCUCAAGUUUGAGCUGCUCGGAUGCCAGUUCCAUCAAGGUAACCAAACCAGCCAAUCAGAUGCAGAUGUUUUGACUUUGUAGCCAAUCAGUGAAUUUCAAUUAUUUUAUCAUUGUGUGUCACUAACCACGUUUCCAUACAGUUUUUAUGCGAGUAAAGUCAUACCUUAUGAAAAAAAUUCACGACAGCUGUGAUAGGAGCCGGAAGUUUCGGUACAAUUUUAUAAAUGCCGACAGUUAAUUUGUUCGUUCGACAUGGUGGGAUCUUUUUGUGUCUGUAAAAUGAAUUAUGUGAGAAAUGGUGGUGGAAAUGCCUUUAUGCACAAAUAUUGAUAUAAUAACCAUCAUAUCGAAAUAAACUUGGAGUCACGCAUUGAUAUGGUGUGUGGUCCGCCCACUACGACUCACUUAUGAACUUCACAGGGUGGUGAAAGUGCAUGCUGAUCUUGACGCUCCUUUCCAAUAAAUAUCGAGUGUCUUAUUCUGGUGACAUGAUGAUCGAUGCUUGACUAGGGCUGUAGCAGUGACCUUAUUACCGCCACACUGGCGGUCACGAGUCAUGAAGGCAGUCAAAUUCCACAUGACCGUUUAGUCACGGUAAUUAGGCUUCUCCAAGCUCUGAUGCUGCUGCUGGUCAUUAGUAGCCUACCAAACGUGCUAACUGCCUGGCACUCAGCACUCUAUUGUCCCUCUAAUCACUCUGACAUCAAUGCAAAUGUUUUCGAAAAUCUAAUCAAACACUUCCUGAGCUCAUGUUGCGCAACAUUUCUAUAAGCUAUGCAAUUGCGUGAGAAAACAGAGUGAUGGCCUCUAUUAAAAAGAGGAGGAUCCCAUCAGCUUUCUAUAGGCUAGGCCUACUAUAUUUACUUCUCAACUUUCCUAAUAUUAAGCACACUGCUUCUCUUUACAACAGGAGUAUAGCCUACCUGGCUGGCAUGAAAAUAAACCACGGGGAAAAGUGUCCUCCAUUCGCUAUUUUAAGUGCAUAGAUGACAUGUAUUUUUACCCGCUGCCCCUGUUUCGAUAUAGGUGCAUGAUAAUGGUCCAUUCUAAAUCAAAACAAAUGUCACACAUAUAUUAUUUAGUACAUGUAAAGACAAGAUUAUAUCAAGAAUAGUCUGAUGGGGGACAAUUUUAGCCUAUCACUUAUUAUAUAUUAUCACUUGUGAAUGAUGCCCAGCAUAAGAAACAAUGCGACUUUUUCGAAUCAUAGUGGCACACCUCAUGUAGCCUAGCCCAUAGGCCUACAGUGGGUAAAAAAAGUAUUUAGUCAGCCACCAAUUGUGCAAGUUCUCCCACUUAAAAAGAUGAGAGAGGCCUGUAAUUUUCAUCAUAGGUACACGUCAACUAAAAAAAUCCAGAAAAUCACAUUGUAGGAUUUUUUAUGAAUUUAUUUGCAAAUUAUGCUGGAAAAUAAGUAUUUGGUCAGCUACAAACAAGCAAGAUUUCUGGCUCUCACAGACCUGUAACUUCUUCUUUAAGAGGCUCCUCUGUCCUCCACUCGUUACCUGUAUUAAUGGCACCUGUUUGAACUUGUUAUCAGUAUAAACGACACCUGUCCACAACCUCAAACAGUCACACUCCAAACUCCACUAUGGCCAAGACCAAAGAGCUGUCAAAGGACACCAGAAACAAAAUUGUAGACCUGCACCAGGCUGGGAAGACUGAAUCUGCAAUAGGUAAGCAGCUUGGUUUGAAGAAAUCAACUGUGGGAGCAAUUAUUAGGAAAUGGAAGACAUACAAGACCACUGGUAAUCUCCCUCGAUCUGGGGCUCCACGCAAGAUCUCACCCCGUGGGGUCAAAAUGAUCACAAGAACGGUGAGCAAAAAUCCCAGAACCACACGGGGGGACCUAGUGAAUGACCUGCAGAGAGCUGGGACCAAAGUAACAAAGCCUACCAUCAGUAACACACUACGCCGCGCCAGGGACUCAAAUCCUGCAGUGCCAGACGUGUCCCCCUGCUUAAGCCAGUACAUGUCCAGGCCCGUCUGAAGUUUGCUAGAGUGCAUUUGGAUGAUCCAGAAGAGGAUUGGGAGAAUGUCAUAUGGUCAGAUUUAACCAAAAUUGAAACUUUUUGGUAAAAACUCAACUCGUCGUGUUUGGAGGACAAAGAAUGCUGAGUUGCAUCCAAAGAACACCAUACCUACUGUGAAGCAUGGGGGUGGAAACAUCAUGCUUUGGGGCUGUUUUUCUGCAAAGGGACCAGGACGACUGAUCCGUGUAAAGGAAAGAAUGAAUGGGGCCAUGUAUCGUGAGAUUUUGAGUGAAAACCUCCUUCCAUCAGCAAGGGCAUUGAAGAUGAAACGUGGCUGGGUCUUUCAGCAUGACAAUGAUCCCAAACACACCGCCCGGGCAACGAAGGAGUGGCUUCGUAAGAAGCAUUUCAUGGUCCUGUAGUGGCCUAGCCAGUCUCCAGAUCUCAACCCCAUAGAAAAUCUUUGGAGGGAGUUGAAAGUCUGUGUUGCCCAGCGACAGCCCCAAAACAUCACUGCUCUAGAGGAGAUCUGCAUGGAGGAAUGGGCCAAAAUACCAGCAACAGUGUGUGAAAACCUUGUGAAGACUUACAGAAAACGUUUGACCUGUGUCAUUGCCAACAAAGGGUAUAUAACAAAGUAUUGAGAAACUUUUGUUAUUGACCAAAUACUUAUUUUCCACCAUAAUUUGCAAAUAAAGUCAUUAAAAAUCCUACAAUGUGAUUUUCUGGAUUUUUUUUUCUCAUUUUGUCUGUCAUAGUUGACGUGUACCUAUGAUGAAAAUUACAGGCCUCUCUCAUCUUUUUAAGUGGGAGAACUUGCACAAUUGGUGGCUGACUAAAUACUUUUUUCCCCCACUGUACACCAGCUCUGUCAGGAGGAAUGGGCCAAAAUUCACCCAACUUAUUGUGGGAAGCUUGUGGAAGGCUACCUGAAACAUUUGACCCAAGUUAAACAAUUUAAAGGCAAUGCUACCAAAUACUAAUUGAGUGUAUGUAAACUUCAGACCCACUGGGAAUGUGAUGAAAGAAAUAAAAGCUGAAAUAAAUCAUUCUCUCUACUAUUAUUCUGACAUUUCACAUUCUUAAAAUAAAGUGGUGAUCCUAACUGACCUAAGACAGGGAAUUUUUACUAGGAUUAAAUGUCAGGAAUUGUGAAAAACUGAGUUUAAAUGUAUUUGGCUAAGGUGUAUGUAAACUUCUGACAUCAACUGUAGGAGUACCUAUUUCUUUGUUAACCGCUCAACACAGAAUAGCAACAUGUGCACACUCCCUCAAAUCGUUUGGAGAAGAUAUUUAUAUUUUAUUCUUUGUUCAAUUGUAUACUUCAUACUAUACAAUAAUAUAAAAUAAUGUCACGGAAUUACAAGUAUAAAAAAAAAAAAAAAAAAAAUACAUGCUCUGGAUAAGAGCGUCUGCUAAAUGACUAAAAUGUAAAAUGUAAAAAUAAGCAAAUCUUGUCUGCUAAAUGAACAAGUGUAGCCCACAGCCAUUUGGCAUAGCCACAUCAGGACCUAACAUAAGGACAACUCAGAGUAUGCUAUUCUGUUCUUCUGAAAUAGACUACAUUUUCUUCAUAUCAUGCUUCUUUAGACCUGUCUAAAAUAAAUAAUGGAUUUAUUGUGAAGGUGUAGGCUAUAUUAAAUGGAUUUAUUAUACUUUUUAAAAUGGCUUGUAGGCUGUGUGUGGAAGCCAGGGGAUGCUGAAUGUGUUUAUGUUAAUUAAUGGUCAAUUACCGUGAGACCGACAGUUAUUUGGUUGACAAUCACCGGCUGACGAAAUGUUGUGACCGCCACAGCCCUCUGCUUGACUGCUGUUUGACAAAUACGAAUAUUCUGGCUCUUAUCCAUAAUAAUCUCAUCAUGUAGACUAGCCUACCCUCACAGCCUACCCACACUGUAUCUACGAGCUGUUGGCUAGAGUGCAUGUACCAAGACCAGAGUAGGCACAUGUAGCUAUUUAACGCAACAGCUUUUGUGAAAAACUAUUGCUAGAGUUGAAAAUGCGAUGGAAACACAUUGAACUUUACAUUUUUAUUCGGUACAUGAAAACUUAAGUGUGUGCACUACAUCAUCACACACUGAUCUUUAUCUGCAACAAGUCAGUUUGGAGGAAACACACCACUGGUGGGAAAAGGCUGCCUAUUGAAAUCACUGGCCACUUUAAGGAAUGGAACACUAGUCACUUUAAUAAUGUUUACAUAUCUUGCGCUACUCAUCUCAUAUGUAUAUACUGCAUUCUAUUCUAUAAUAUUCUACUGUAUCUUAGUCCAUGCCGCUCUGUCAUUGCUUGUCCAUAUAUGUAUAUAUUCUUAAAUCCCAUUCCUUACUUUUUUGUGUGUAUUGGGUAUAUGUAGUGAAAUUGUUAGAUAUUACUGCACUGUCGGAGCUAGAAGCACAAGCAUUUCGCUACACCCGCUAUAACAUCUGCUAAAUAAAUAAAAUCUGUGACAAAUAAAAUUCGAUUUGAAAAUGCGCCUAUUUUCUUUAUGCGGAUUUUAGAAUAUUGCUCUCCGUUACUGUUUUUUAAAAUCGUCAUCAGUACAGUAUACAUCCCAAUUUUAGCUCUAAGACGCCGGCAAUUGUGAUCGCCAAAAUGUGAUUGUGCUGAUUUAUAGGUGCAUUGAACCAUGUCGUGCGCUGUAGUUUAAAAACUCUGGAUAGUGCUAAAACAAUGACGUCAUAUCUGAAUUCCGACAUUUUUAUGCACCUUCGCCAUUGGAUGGCAACGUAGCUAUUGGUAUUGAGGGAUCCUAUUGAGGCCAAUGUGGAUGCUAUCUGUGCAAAGGGAAAUCAGCGCCUGUUCUUCCUGAGGAAACACAGCAGUUUCAGGGUGGAUAGGAUGCUGAUGACCAUCUUUUACAGAUCGUAUAUUGAAUCCAUUUUAACAUUCAAUAUGAUCUGCUGUUUUGGCAAUAUAAACUUAAAGCGUAAGAACAGGCUGGGUAACAUUGUUAAACUAAGUAGCAGGAUCAUUGGUAUGAACUUAACUGACAUUUCUCACCUGUGUCAGACACUAGUAAUACGCAAGGAGCCAUCCAUUUUGAAGGACUCCCAGCAUCCCCUGUUCGAUGAAUAUACGAUGCUUCCCUCAGAGCGUAGAUAAAGGCUCCCUAAGUUUAAAACUAACAGGUGUAAACUGUCCUUCAUCCCAGCUGCUAUCAUCUUCCUCAACAAGCUGUGUAUAUAUUGCUGUGUAUACUGUUAGUUUUCUAUUUGUAUUUGGUGUAUAUUUAUUAUCAUGUGUUCAUUGUGUUUUACCUCGUGCCGCAAAAUACAUAAUAAAGACUAGUCUACUCUAUUGGAGUAGAGUGAUCCUAACCGUUCUGUCUCUUUUCCCAUUGGACAGCGAGGCCCCGGAUAUACCACCCCCCUCGGCCUCCCCCAGUGGCCACGGACACCCCCCCAAUGUACGGCCGGACCACCCACACCCCCGACAUCAGAAACACCACCAUGCCUCCACGCACCAGCAACGGUGAGCAAGAGGAGAGAGGGAAAAGAGUUAGUGUCUAGUUGAUGUGUUGUUGAUUGUGGUUGGUUCACACUGGUUGUGUUGUGGUCGUAGACGUGGCGUUGGCAACAGUGUUGGUGCCAGUGUUGGUCAUGAUUCUGACCGCCCUCAUCUUGACCAUUGUCUGUGCCUGGCACUGGAAGAACAGGUGAGGAUGAACUAUAACUAGUAACAACUAAAUAGACAUCCACUCAGUAGCUCCCAACAAACUAUGACACUUACAUGCUGACUAGACCGGGCACGUGCGUGGGCCAUUGCGCUCAUGUUGAUUUUGUCCAAUCACACCAGACGCGAUCAGGACACGCAGGUUGAAGUAUCAAAACGAACUCUGAACCAACUAUAUUAAUUUGGGGACAGGUCAAAAACAUGAAACAUUCAUGGACAUUUAGCUAGCUAAUUUGUCCUGGGAUAUAAACAUUGGGUUGUAAUUUUACCUGAAAUGCACAAGGCCAUUUAUUUUGCAACGCUCGCGGCGUGGUCAGCAUGUUACAUUUCCUUCUCUCCUCAGGAAGAAGAGUUCAGAGGGAGCUUAUGACCUGUCUCACUGGGACCGUACAGGUAAACACAACACUCUGUGUGUGUGUGUGUGUGUGUGUGUGUGUGUUUAGAUGUUUAUUGUGUGUGUCUCUGUCCAGACUGGUGGAAGAGUAUGAAGCAGUUCCUGCCGUCCAAGAUAGCGGAGGGGGAGGAGUCAGUCCGCUACAGCAGCAGUGAGGUGGGCCGGCUCAGAGUGAGAGGGAACACCCCCAGACUACAGACUGAACCUGCAGGUACACACACACACAGGCGGUCCCAAAUUUGUCAUGCCUACUACUUACUAAAAAUAAAUACUGUAUAAUAAUUGUACUAUAUACUAUUUAGAAAGUUCUGUUUAGUAAAAACUAACGCAGUAAACAACAAAUAAACAUACAAGUCUCCUGAGAAUGUGUAAUCUAAUGCACAAUUGUGUUGAUUCCUGCUUUUCGUUGACUUGGGUACAGCACAUCCCCUUAUCUCCUCAGCUGAUUGUCAAACACACGUGAGUCUGAGAAGACUAUUCUCUUCCUCAAAAGUGUGCAGCGAAUUCUACUAGAAGAAAGGCCAAAAUGUCCUGGCAUUUAAAGCGUCCUCGAAAUUUCACAUACUAUAAACCUUUCUAUUUUUGCAUACUUAAAAUGCCUACUAUUUAGAUCGCAAGUAUGGGUAUUCGGAUACGGCCACACACACACGAUGUACACGGAUACACAGACACACACAGUGUGAACUGAGUGUUUGUAUGUGGAACACACCCUCUUCAUCUCUUCCAUUAGAGUAUGCACAGCCCCUGGUCAGCGGUGUGGUGACAUCACUAGGUCAGAGGUCAACCUUCAAGCCAGAGGAAGGCUAUGACCCUGGCUACAUGGACCCUGACCUGUACGAUGCUCCCAUGGCAACAGACAUCUACCACGCCUACGCUGAACCCCUGCCCGCCUCCGGCGUCGAGUACGCCACGCCCAUCAUGAUUGACAUUGCAAGCCACCUAUCAGGGAGCUCCGCACUGAACCAGCCAACCACAGUCUCCAGCUUCAUGGGCCGUGGCCCCGCCUCCCUUCUCGCACGAACAGACAGCGGGCAAUCGGGGAAGUCAAUGUACGACACGCCCAAGAGUACAGGACAGGCCACGCCCACUGAGGAUUUAGCCUAUCAGGUGCCUCAGAGCAACUCUCAGAAGCCAGUGGGGCAGAGCUGA